AUGACGCCAAAGUGGAAUGGUUUAUCUCGCCUUCGCCAAGUAUUUAUCCUCGCCCUGUGCUCCUUUUGCGGUAAGAGUUUAAUGAAACUUAAUGUGCAGAAUAUAGCACAAAUCAGCUAAUACACAAAAAGACAUACAAAUCGUGUAAACACUAGAGCAAUCGUGUUAUAUUUAAAUAGUAAAAAAGACAAUUUCAUUGCAAACAAAGUUUAAAUGCUACUUACACAAAGUUAAUGGUUUUUUACAAUUGAAAUUUUAAAGUUUUAGAGCAAAGUUGAUAGUACCUUUUAAUUCAAUCGCUAGAAGGAAGAGAGAGCUUAUAACACAGUGUAUACUCCGUCUCCGUAAACCGGGAACAUCAGUUACCGAAGUCGUUUUAUGAGUUGAAUUGGUUUCAAGUGUUGUGAACACAUGAUCUAAUAUAUUAUGACUUACCAUAUUUUUUAAAGAUGCGUUUCUCUUUGAUCGAAAAUUUUUGAACAGAAACCUCGGAUUGAGGCCGAAAACAAAUUUUCUUUCGUUAUCGUGUCGUCAUCUAAGUUAUCUAACUGAAGCAAGAAAGAAAAUUUGUGCACGCCGGGUAGAUAUAAAAUGCUAUUAAAAAGCAGGGAUUGGAGAUUUUUGAAGAAAUAUGUCCUAAACUAACAUUGAAUUUUAAGCGUAAAGUUCCGCCGGCGACCAGCUAAGCUGACUCAGUUUUCAGUUUACUCACACUUAUUCAAAAAAAGUACAUAAAUACAAUAAUACGAGGAACUAAAAAGGAAGAAAAUCAGAGCUGCUAUACAUGUUACAAUAAAUAUUACAUUGGAAAAGUGUGUAGUGGCCAAAGGAGCAAAGCUUUCGGGUUGACCACGACUCAGUUUCCUAGAUCUCGCCAAGAAAUUAAUGUGUGCAUUUGUGAAGGCGGGUUUUAUAUCCUGAGCUGUUAUCAAGAGCUCUGUUUCCGUACGCGGGGAACUCGGUUGGCUUCUUUUAACCCGGAUGAAAAGGCUGGCUCGGUUACCAAAGCAAAAAGUAUUUAACCACCGCUGGAAGAUGGCGAAUUCGUCAUUAUCACGGUCUAUUUUAUAUCUUACUGUUAAAAAUAUAAUCAUUUAAUAAUAUUGACUACGUAAUAAUAAUGGAACUCUCAUAGCUGGCGUGCAGCAAUAAAAACACGUGCACUCAAUCAUCACACAUAAAAUUUCAUCCAGUCAACCGGUCAAAAACUUCUCUUAUUAUGGAUGUCCUCAACGAGCGGGCGAAAUGAAGCAAAUCUUGUAUUUUGAUUGGCUACCUGAGGAAGUAAUCCGCUCGGGAUUUCCCAUAAUGUUCCCGUAAGAAAAACUUUCUUUCGUCCAGUCUAAGAAUUCCUCGACCAAAUUUGUUCGGUCAAGAUGGCAAGAAAUUGAACUUGUUCUUUUAAUGCGUGUUACAGGACUUAUCUUCCCGAUUUUGAAGAUAUAUGGAAAGUUAAUAAAAGUUCGAUAAAUAUCCGAUCAAUAGGCUUUUAAGGUUCUAGAGCAUUCGAAGUGUUUACCUUUAAGAAUGCAACAUGAUGAAUAACCAAUUUACUAAUAAGCUUUGCAUGCAGAAACAUAAAUAUUAACAGUGUGCUUUUUGAGAGUGGGACAUCUUGUCUCCAAAUUUGACAUUCCUCGGAAGAUAAUUAUCUUUUAAAUGAACAUUUCGACCUUUUUAGUAAUUAACUAUAUAAGGAAGCAUAAGUUUUGUGGCUCGUUUUUGUUGGCAGAUACAUCCUACGCAUUUUAUGUAAACCUAUUAUCAAUGACCAUCAAACAAAUAAAUAGAGAGCUGCUAAGGAACUGAAGGAAGAAAGGGUAAGCAGUUAUAGAUAGAUAGAGAAAGAGAAGAACAUCAGGAACAAUGUAGAACCACCUUGCGAGUGAGUAAAAUAAACCUUGUAAGUUUAACUGGCUGAUUUUGGUGUAGUUCCUCUCCUUCUCGCCGACCCCAUCAGUAAUCGACACUAAAAGGCAUCGCUUACCAGUGGAGAAGCCUUCUUUAUCAGUAGCACAAAAAUAACCUUUAUUAGAGGUGGGCUGAGUUACGUUCAGCAGAGUGCUGAAAAAGCCAGUUUCUCAGUUUAUCAUGCGAUUCAUGGACUGAGAGUGAGUUGAGUAGCCCUUCAUCUCUGCGUGCAUCCCCAGAGGCACAGAAGAAGAAAACAAAUUUAAAAAAGAGACGGCAAAGACGAUGUUUUUCCGCUGCAGAUUUGGACUAUUUUUCACAUCACCAUCAUUGACAGUGUCUCAAAAGAGGGAAAAAUCCAUAAAGGCCAUCAUAUAUGGGUACGAUUAAUACACUGACCUAGUUAACAGCUCAUGCAGCAUUUUAACAACCCUCUGGCUCUAUUAUAAAUUCUUCUUUUUCACUGAUUACAGACACACAUAGCGUCAUCUAUGAAGCAGUUCAGGAUAUUAAAAUGAACUGGACCGCCGCAUCGUUGGACUGUUCAUUAGCCAAGAUAAGCAAUACUGAUGAACUUUGCGACGCCCAAACUGCAAUUCGAAAUGACCGUGCCAACUUCUGGACGGCUCUUAAAGAGGAAAAUGGAAGCUACUUCUGGGGCAAUAUCAACGGAACCAUUCAGCCGGUUUACCAUUUGAACUCAGAUGCGCUUCUUGAUAAAACGGAGCAAGGGAACUGCUAUGUAAUAAGUAAAGCAGAUACAAUCAAACUGAAGUCAAAGGAUUGUAGCACUGAAUUAAACGGAAUUCUUUGUUCUUACUCUUACUCUGACGACCCGAAAGGUUUGUCAUGGUAGCCUCUUCUAAUAACUGCAUGAAUAAACUAAGAAACGACGGUAGGACAGCAUUUUUAUGUACCCAAAUCUUUCCCUAGUUGAACAGGAAGCAUAUUGCUGAAACAAUUUUCUUCCUGAAAUCUGAAAACAAGGAAAUAUAGCCUAAGAAAACAGCUGACAUUUCGAGACGCCACCAGAGAUUUCCCAACGGAAACCAGUAAUGACGUCGAGAAGUGUCAGCUGUUUUCAGUCUCAGGCCAUUAAAGGAAAGAGUGCUUUUAAAUCAAGUUAAAAACACAUUGAUGACCUCGACAAACGUUCCGUGGUUUAAUCACACUGGUAGUGAAAAAAAAAGUUUCCUACUUUAAUGCAUACAUAUACAAUCCUUUUCACGUUUGGCAUUUUUUCGAAAGCAAGUAGGACAAGGUUAAGUUAUUAAUAAAACACAAAUAAAAUGAAUAAAACAAGUAUAAUUGAAAUAAAAUCUGUUUGCAGGCUAUCCCACUCCGAGUCCCGAAACGUACAGUGAUGAAUGUAUUAAAUACAAGGUAUGUUUCUAUCCUAAGUUCACAUAAUAAUUUUGGAUGAAAAGAGGUUUUAUCUCCAUGGAAAAUGUGAUACAAAGCUAAAUUUUUUUUGAUAUAAUUUUUAAAUUGCAGCUUUCUAGCUGCUUGAAGGAGAGUAUAAAUUAUUCGCAAUGGAAUGUAAGUACGUUAUUCAUUUUUGUGCUUUUCCUACAACAGCAAAACGGCCAUUUCCAAUAAAAAUGAGAGUUACUCAAUGAUUUUGUUGACAGAACUUGAAAUGCAGGUGGUCAGGUGGUGACAACUGCGAGUGGAAAUCGCGAGUGGAAACUGAGAGCAUAGACUGCUGUGAGGAGUAUUGCAAAUAUGACCAAACAUACGCAGUGGAUUCAGGGAAACCAGACAUAAGUGAGUUUCUUUCUGACUCAUACUUUAUGAUAAUUGAAUGAAGAGGUAUAUUAAUGAACCUAAUCAACCUGACGUUUGUUUCUUCAGACAUUAUUGAUUGAUUAAUUGAUCGAUUUUUGUCGCCUUUUCCCUUAUGAAAGUCCUUAUCGUUUCAAUGCUGUUUCAUUUAAAUCGCUAUUUUCGAAAGAAGUGGCAAAUAUCAGAGCUGUAUAAGCUGGCUUUACAAGCAAAUUGUCAAAACCCUCUUUCUUCACGAGCAAUUAAAAUCUUUUUUCCUUUACCUUAUCAACAGGUGUUAAAGUAAGAAAGGUUCAAAAGGAAUGGCCACAAAAAGUAGAAAUUGGAUUUAAUACAAGCGAGAAAAUUACAAUAACACACAGGCUGUUUAAUGAUACAGGUUGGUAAUAAGUUUGUAUACCUUUAUAUAUAUAGUCAUAGAAUACUUGACACUGAUUUGAUUCAGUAGAAAUCGAAAAUAAGAUGAUAGUUCUGAAUCAAGUAUCGUUGUUACUUAAGCUAGAGUUUUAAAGUAUGCAGAAAAUAUGAGAAAGCGGAAUCAUAUAUUAACUACUCAGCCUGGGACCAGCUGAGCGCUCGGUUCGCUUCGCUCGCCGCCAAAUGUUUUUGUACUGUUUCAAUACUUUUUUUGCCAUUUUUUCCCACAUCGGAGCCUAGUCCCAGGAAAAUAACUACUUAGAUGUUACAUGUAAAUGGUUUAUAACAUAUUUUUGUUUGAAUUGAUUAUUAUAUCAUUAGAGACAAUUGUCGCGGUUUCACUGCUUCCAUUGAAAGAUCAAGACUCAGUUUUGAGGCUAAAUAGCGGGUAAGGGCCACCAUCAAUACUGAAAUGAAGUUAACUUUUAACGAUUUAUUCCGCAGUCCUAUUUAAUACAAGUCAUUUUUGGUGCUAUUCAUACCAUCAUUCCCAAUCCCCCUCCCUUUUUCCCUAUCCCCUACCCCUUUUGAUGCCUGCUACGCAGGCCACAUCAUGACAGGAAGUGAAGUCCAGUUGCGUCUUGGAAGGAUAGAGACGGCUGCUGAGAAAUAUCCGGGAAAAUGACCUUAUCCUUUGUUCUAAUAUAUGGUUGUGUAACAACCUAAAUCCCGUUCGUUAACAUUUGUUGAGUGGACUUAUUCUCCAUUUAUCCAGCGGUGACACUUUGGUUACCUCCGUUAUUGGAGUGGUACUUAGUCCCCGCUUCAACAAGACGAUUCCAAAUUUGGUUAUCCUCGAGUUUACCCAUCCCAAGGUAAGCGGAUAAGAGAUCAUGUGAUCUCGUAAGUGAGAAAAUGUCUAAAAAGUACUUAACUUUGGUAACAAAGAGGGGGGAGGAUCAAAUAGUCACGUCCCCGUUGUCACAAAUUGCACAUGGACGCUAUUUCAAAGUCGUUCGAACAACUACUUGCAUAUUGAGACUAUUCAGUUGCUCGUUCAAGGGGAAGGGGGGAUACUCAAAGAGGUUUUAAACUGGGAGGCUCCGCCCGGAGGUCCAACCCCCUACGCUUUUAUAUACCAUUUUUGACAGAAAAGGUACCUGUCAGUUCCUAUACCUUCUCUAACUGCCAAAUGGUUUAAUCCCUUUCAUAUAUACCUAGUUUAGAACGCUGCACCCCUUAAAAAUAUGAAUAUUAAUGAGUCAGUUAGUUUCAUUUUUCUUUUCCAUCGCGCUCGACAGUCUUUAAAGAGAAAAUAGAUGGUCUGUCAACAGGCUAUAGAACAAUGAACCAGGAAGUUUUUCUUGCCUAUCUUCACAGCCAUAAAACGCCCUUGUUAGACAUUUUAGGUCCCCGGCUCUACAGACUAAAAUGAGAAAUUUCAUUACGAUCGAUAUGAAAGAAACUUAACGUUUCGAUGGAUCCAUGUCAUCUUUAUCCAAAUAUACUUUAACUCAUGAAAUCUCUUUUUGAUAUACCUAAGGCCAAACACAUGUACCCCUUUCGGUCGGAGCCUGCUUGUAUGGGCGUUGUAGGGAGUAUAUUUUUUGUUAAACAUUCCCUAACUUACUCCCGGGGGAUCUGAAGCCUAUAUACAAACUGUACCAUUCUCUUUUCUAUGAAAUGACUCUUUUGAAUUAUCCUUAACAUCAAUUUUCUUAAACUUGCAUUCUUUUUGUUGAGGUCCUUCAAGAAAAAGUCAUAAGAAAAUGUGUCUUUUGGAAAGAGGACAUCUGGUAGGUGAAUUAGCUGCUGUUGCUUAGUUUUUCCUUGCGUCGUUUAAGUCGAUAAUUUUUUCCAUGUCCCUUCUAAUUAUAUCAGUUAAACCUGUCUGUCUCCUUGCAAAUUAUCAUUUCUUUUUACAAGAAAAUAUUCAACUUCAGCAUGUACACAAUGUAAAUUAAAAUCAAAUAGAAAGACUAACGGAAGGGAUUUUAUAAGGAUAGACUAACAAUAUAUUUCACAGGCUCCCAGAGCUCCUCUUGAUUAUAGUCAGUUCUUGAAACUGAUCAUCUGAUAGCUCCUCUAUUGCUUUCCCUUAAAAGGACACCUAAUGGUUCGUGGUCAACUGAAGGCUGUACCUUAUUGAACGAGUCAUCGACAGAGAGAACAGUUUGUAGCUGUAAUCAUCUGACAAACUUUGCUGUUUUGAUGCAGUAUAAACCUGUCCAGGUGAAUAUUUUGUGACGGAAUCAUUUCUCGCUAGAUCCUCAGUGUUUCGAGAGUUUCUCAUUAUUUUUCAGAAACUUGCUCUCGCUAACUUGCUAGCCGUCAAAAUAUUCAUAGUGAUAAUCAUAAUAAUAAUAAUGACUUUAUAUAAAAAAAAAACCUUUGGAAAAUCUGUACCCAAACUUUGUUGCGCAUGAUUAAAACGCAGCUAACAUAACGACUGAUUAACAUUGAAACGAAGGAGAUUUGGUGCUUUGCCCUUAGCCCCAUCAGUAACUAUUGAUAAAAUCAGAAACUGACACCAAAUAAAGAGGCUAUAAUAAGAGGAGAAUGUUUGCAAAUACUUAGACCUAAAUAAAGGAGACUACAUAGAACAUGGAAGGAAGGAAGGUUGCGCAUAAGGUAAUAGAGAAACGAAGGACUAGGAAUGAAAGUAUAUUAUGGGUUUGCCUUUAUCAGUGAUAACACCCGCGUAUGUUGUGUUUAAUUAGAAUCCCAAAGAGCACGAGACAUCCCUGUCAAUCAUAACAUACAUAGGAUGUGCUUUGUCUCUCAUUGGAGAGGUUAUGGUCGUCAUUAUAUAUGUUGUGUUCAUGUAAGUAUUAUUCCCUUUUUCAUGGCGUGAAAUCAGAGAGAAAAUUAAAUGUAAUAGACUUAAAUCAACGUCAUCCGAUUAGCUUACGUAUCGUGGGCUUCCUCAAAUCUUUCUCCGUUUUCUGACUAUAUCCUUUAAAACAUUUUCGUGUAUAAUAGGACAGAAAAUGUUUCUUAAUAAAGUAAAAUAAACGAACAUUUAAUAAAAUACUGAACACACUGUGGACACUAUACAUUCUCGGAUGGCGAUCCGUAUUACACUUAAUCCUGGAGAUGAGAUGACUUUGAGAUUGUAUCAUUCUCGUACAUAGUCGUUUUUGAUUAACAUUUUAUGCAGGAUAUGUAAUAAUAAUAAUUUAUAAUAAUUUAUGAACUUAUUGUGCGCAGCUUAACAUGAGAAUGAUCAGCUGCGCAUUACAACUGCAUUACGUUACAAGAAACAAAUAAAAGAUAAUGUAUUUAAAAAUAAAAAAUGAAAAGGAUCUAUACGCAUACAAGUAAGAACUGAAUAUAAAAUUGGUCACCAAUAUGAAGUUCUAAAAAGAUAAGACUUAACAUGCGCCUUAAAACUGUUCAUAUUAGUAAUCGCACGAAGUAUAUGUAUCUUUUGUGGUCCUCUGCUUAUAGCCAAACAUUACUGCUGACUUUAUUUCAAUGAUGCGAAGGAAUCGCCAUUAUUUUCGGCUUUAUUUGUAGGAAGUUUAGAGCUGAGGGGAUUCAGAUUCGGAUUAAUCUUGCUGCAGCACUAUUCCUUGCACAAGUAGUGUUUCUUUCUGGGAUAAAUGCUACAAUUAAUCGGGUUAGUGUACAUUUAUAUCAUCGUGCACAUUUAGUUUUGCAAUCAAAGCAGUUUUGAGCUCAUAUUAUCUACACUUUGCAAUUGUUAGUCAAUUGGUUUGACAAAUACCGACAUCUCAUCAAAAGAAGACAGAAGCUAAAGCAGCUAUUUUGCUUUCAACAUGACUUCCACGCGAACCAGUGCCUUAAAAUUAUGCACUGGUGAUAUGCUUUUUUAUCUUUUCUAGCUUGCGUGUGUGUCAGUUGCGGUUUUGCUUCACUACUUUUACCUAGCAUCGUUCGGCUGGAUGCUCUUAGAGGGAGUAUAUCUCUACAUCAUGGUGGUUGAGGUCUUUGCUAGCACAGUUAAAUUGCUGUACCUAUAUUUAUUUGCAUGGGGUAAGUUCGGCAGUUCUGUGCUCCUUGUUUAGCUUUGUGUUUAAUUGUUCCAAAUUUCUAACACAAGAGUAUCUUUGCGUGAUUCAUGACAAACAGGCAACCAUAUUUCGAUCAUAUGAUGUAAUUUAUAGGAAAAAUAUUGUUUUAUGCUAUCCACUAUAUUUUUUGACGUAGUCCCCCAAAAUGCAGAGUCAAAGGUUGUGCCGGAGUAUGAAGUCGGACACGGAGGUUUUUUACAAAUGUUUAAGGGACGACGUCUAAACAUUUACCAUUGUGCUUAUUUUCGUAAUACAAGACAUGCUGUUAGUUUUCUCGAAUGAUUAGCAAAUCUCUAUUUUUUUGACAAUUUUUAUUCGAUUGUUUGACAGGUUUCCCAGUCAUACCAGUUGUUAUAUCUCUCGUGGUUGGUUUUAAAGAUGGUGAAGGAUUGAGAUACUACACAAACGAACAUUUGUAAGACACUUGAAAAGAAUGUAAUUCAUUUUCACUUUUUGCAUCGUUUCCUGGUUAGGUUUGAAUUUCCGGCAGUACUUUUGCAAAUUGUCACAUAUUACAUGUGACUAUGUGAAGGUAUUUGCAACAAUAGACGAAUCUUUACUUCCUCUUUCAGUUGAGAAAAAUUACUACAAGCUUUCGUGUUGAGUUUUAAAAAGGUUACUGGCGCGAAAAGCUAAUAUUUACGGCUUAAUUGUAGUCGUGAAAAUUAGGUUUUUUGCAUAAAAUUGGUUGAUUUGUUUUAACCGCAGGAUGCAAAAGAUUGCCUAGUGCUUUGAACUAUUUAGCCAUGACUUUUUUGUUUUGUUUUUGUUUGUGAAGGCGUAUGUCGGCCGAGUGGGUAACUCCUCGAACUCCAAGCCCCGCCCUUCGCAUUGUUUUUCCUUAGACAAGGGACUUUACCACACUUUAGCUCUCUUUACCCAGGUGUAUAAAUGGGCACUGUCGACAUACUGCUGGGGGGUAACCCUGCGAUGGACUGGCAUCCCGUCCAUGGGGAACGGUGGCAAUACUCCGCGGCAUGCUUCAUGCUAGGGAAACCAGGAUAAGCUCCGGCCUUUUGGGCCUUUGACUCCUGUGCGCCUUUACCUGAAGCUUAGUUUUUCUGCAGCUGUUGGCUGUCAUUCUCCAAGCAUUUGAGCUGGUUUUUUGUUGGUCCUGUGCUCCUUAUAAUGGCUGUAAGUAUACUACAUGUAUGUUAUACCGGUAUCUUAAAUUUCAUGUCUACGAGCUAUCGAUGCUUCUAUCAAACAAAUGCACCGGCUUCUUAAAGGCGUGACCCUCACUUUCAGAAUGUUUUCACUAGCUCCAUCACUGAAUAAGGGCCCUUUAUCCCAAACUAUGCAGAAUUUUAAACUUCAGCGAUACAAUUCAGUUCCGCACCUGAUAUUUAUAUGAUUGACUACAAUAGUAUCUUUUUCGUACACUGUCUUACGCCUACGGAAAGUACUCGUUUGUCGUAAUGACUCAUAAACGCUGCUGAUGCGAAACACCGUAUGAUCGUUUUCAGGUCAACUUUGUGAUACUCCUGGCAGUUUUACGCGAGAUAAGAAACUUGCAAGAGCCCAAUCCAACUAGAUUGAAGGCUUUUAAGUAAGUUAAGUAAAUUAUAAGUAAUAAAGUUAUAAGCAGGAUAUUGAAGUUACCUUCCUUUUCUUUGCCAUGAUGCCUAGAGCUUCGCCUACGACAUUCCUAAGAGCCUGGGAGGUGCCUUCCAACAGCACUCCACUGGGUAUUAAGUCACUUAAUGACAGUUCACUUUAAAAUCAAAGGGGGAACUGCUGUCAUUAAUAAAAUGAAAUCGUGACAUUUGUCUAAUUUUUCUCUGUUUUGUUGUGUGACUAGGAAAAGCCUUAAGGCUUGUGUCAUUCUUUCGCCUCUGCUUGGAGUAACGUGGAUAUUUGGUUUGUUGGCAGUCACUGACGCUGGAUUGGUUUUCCAAUAUAUCUUUACUAUUCUCAACUCUGCUCAGGUUUGUGUACUGUCACUCUGGCCCACACGUCGCCAAAAUAGCUAAAUAAUAAUCUUUGUUUUACUAUUCUGUGAGUGUUUAAGCUAGUCCUUUCAUUUGUCACUCUCUCAGAAAGUCAUCUUUUUUAACAGGGUAUGGUUAUAUUUCUCUUGCAUGUCCUGAGGAACAGCGAAGUUCGAGCCUCGUUUCACCACAAGAUAUUGAAAUGGAGGUUCCAUAGACAUCCAGUCCGAGUCCACCAAAGCUCUUCCCAAAAUACCAGCAGACGAGAAGAUGAUCCUGAGGCUGUUACCAAAAACAGACUCGAUACCCAGUCAGGAGAACAUUUCACUCUUCACCCUAGAAAUUCUGUCUCCUGA